AUAAUCAGAAUGAUUUUGUUUGAAAAUUAUUUUUCUUUUUUUCUUUAGGAAAGCCACUGCAUAUGCCCAGGUUCUCAUACCAACAAGGAAGCAAAGGGCGACUUGUUUUAUGAUUCUUUGAUAGAAUGUAUUCCUGGAGACCAGAGUCUACUAGGACAUCUAUCAUUCGAUAAUUAUUUUGAAGUUGGAUUUCCACCUAGAAUGCCAUGGGCAAAAAACAAAGACAUAGAGAAAAUAAGAAAAGCUAUUGUCGAUACCGUGGAAGAAUUAUCACACUGGGGUGAAAGAAUACCAAAAGUAUGGAAUGACUGUGAAAAGUUUUUAAAAGAAAAUCAAAAGAAACAAAUCAUUUCAAGAAAUGACGUGACGAUGUUUUUCAGAAAUAAUUAUCCUGAGACUGAAAAGGAUAUAAAUGUAGAUGAUAUUCUUAAAUUCUACCACGAAGUAGGAUUAAUCUUGCAUUUCCCAAAUGAGAGCUUAAAAGAUGUUAUAAUCGUUGAUGUUCAGUGGUUUGUCCAUGCUUUUAAGCAUAUCAUAACCGACCCGAAGCAUUUUGAUAAACAUUGCGGAAAUAAGAACGAGUUCAAAUCAUUUAACGACUUUGGAAUUUUGUCUGACACACUGUUGCAGAAAAUAUGGACAUAUAAUAAUAAAACAACAAAGUCGUGUAUUCAACACAAGAGCAAAAUAAUACCCUAUAUGAACAAAUUAGGUCUUAUUGCACAGAUCGAUUAUGAAAGUGCAAAUCAAACUGACGCAGAGAAAUCGGAAAUAGUGGAUGAAGUGAAGUACUACAUUCCGAGUAUGAAUAAAAUGAACUUUGAUCUAUCCUCUAUUAGUAAAAUAAUGUCCGGUCAAAGGACGUCUAUUCUACAUUUUAAAUUCACAGACUUUAUUCCGCACUUCUUUUUUUACCGCCUGAUUGUGGCUUGUAUCGGUAAAUGGAAAUUAUUAGAUAAAGGAAAAAGGCUUUUUAAAGAUAUUGCAUUUUAUAUAACAGAUGGACAAGGGUAUCAUAACAUAGCAAUUGCAAUAAACGAAUCUUGUAUCCAAGUGCAAAUGUUUAGAAGAGAUAAUAGAGAACUAGAAAUAGAACACACCUUAAGCUGCAGAGAAAUGAUUGAAGAAAUGAUUGGGAGAAUCACAUCAACAUUUCAUAAAUCGGUGAAAUAUGUAACUGGAUUCUCAUGUAAAGAUAUCAAUUUAACUGAAGAAAGUGAGGAAAACUUCUUAGAAGAAAGAGACAUAAUUAACUUGGUUCAUGAAUUUGCAUGUCCAAAUCAUGUCGAUAAAAAUCAUCAAGUCGAUGGAGCAAAGCUUCUAUAAUACUGGGUAAAAGACGACGAAGAAAAUAAAACUCAGAAGUAUUCUUAAAUGUACAGUAUACCAGAAACAAUACAGCUUAUUUACCAUAAGUAAAAUAAAUAAGAUGUUCACAUGCAUAAAAGAAUGAAGAUAAUGGUGCUGUUCGAGUGGGUUAUCUGAAUAAAUUUUGCAUUUGUUCAAUGCAUAAUGUUUACGUUGGCAUAAUUUUUUUAUUUAUGCAUUUACACUGUAACUAUGUUCCAUCCUUUAAUAGAUAAAUGCAUAUAGAUUCUAUUUAUGGAUUAAUUGAAAAUUUUAUUUUAUCCGCAAUAAGAAGACUGUAUUUGUUCAGAUUCUUAACAAUGUCAUAUAAAAUCUUAAAAGAA